CCCCAUGCCCCAAUGCUUCCUUAAACAUCAACACUCCCUUCUUUAAACCUUAAACCCUUCAUUAUCUUUCACAAAACUUCUACUAUAAUGUCAUCAUUCACAUUGUUAUUGUCAUUUAUUCUUGCUCACAUAAAGUUCAAUCUUUUAUCUCUCUGCUCUUUCUUCCAUACUUGUCCAAACCCUAGAUCUGUCCCCCUCUUAGGUGCAGCUUUUUGAGUGAAGUGAAAAAGGGGAAAGUGUGGGGGGUGGGUAAAAUUUGGAAAGAUUAGUUUUUUAGUAAGGGAGAAGAUGAGUGGCACCUCUACAUCAGUAGUGGGGGGUGGAGGUGGAGGGGAGGGGGGAAUGGGGUAUGGAUAUGGUUACCGGCCGCCAUUUACGGCGGUGCAAUGGCAGGAGCUGGAGCAUCAAGCAAUGAUAUACAAGUACUUGGUGGCAGGUCUUCCUGUGCCACCUGAUCUUGUUGUUCCUAUUCGUCGUAGCUUUGAAGCCAUCUCAGCUAGGUUCUUUCAUCAUCCCAGCUUGGGCUAUUGUUCUUAUUAUGGGAAGAAGUUUGAUCCUGAGCCAGGAAGGUGUAGAAGGACUGACGGAAAGAAGUGGAGAUGCUCGAAAGAUGCAUAUCCUGACUCCAAAUAUUGCGAGCGGCACAUGCAUCGAGGCCGCAACCGUUCAAGAAAGCCUGUGGAAUCUCAAUCUACUUCCCAGUCCUUGUCGACUAGUAUGUCACAAAUUACAACUGGGAGCAGCAAUACAAGAGGAAGUUACCAAAAUAGCAGCAGCGGAAGCUUCCAAAACAUGCCACUAUAUUCUGUUGCUAAUUCGGGAACUCUGAAUUAUGGAAGCACUGCAACAAAGCUGCAGAUGGAACCUGUCUCCUAUGGAAUAGAUAACAAGGACUAUAGGUAUCUCCAUGGAAUUACUCCUGAUGCUGAUGAGCAUUUAUCUUCAGAGGCUUCUGCUACUGUCAGAAGUUUAGGGAUGGGGACCAACACAGACAGUACCUGGGUAUUGCCUUCUCAAGUUUCUUCAAGCCCCAUGGCGAGAUCAAAAAAUGAUUCUCAGCUGCUGGGUAGCUCAACAGAGAUGCAUCUACCUAAUCUACUUGAGCCUAUGAUUGAUGCAACAAUUUCAAAACGACGACACCAGCAUUGCUUCUUUGGCAGUGACAUUGAUUCACCUGGAACAGUAAAGGAGGAGCAGCAUUCAAUGCGCCCUUUCUUUAAUGAAUGGCCCACUGCUAAAGAAUCGUGGUCCAACCUUGACGAUGAGGGAUCCAACAAAAACAAUUUCUCCACAACACAGCUCUCCAUAUCCAUUCCAAUCGCUCCUUCCAACUUCUCUUCAAGGAGUGCUUGCUCCCCAAAUGAUACUUGAGGGAAGCUGCCGCUGUAUAAACUCCAAGCAGUUUGGUGCUAUGCAGAAGAACAGACAGGCUAGCGCUAAUCCGACAUCUGCUUGUAUGAGCUAUAUAUAUGUAACCUUUAUGUUCCUGGAACAUUGAGUUGUUCUACGUCUUUGUGGUUGAUUGUCUAAUGUCAACAAUGUUUUAAGAAGAAAAAAAACUAGUUUUCUUCGAAUGCUGAUCAUGUUUAUUGUCGAAAAUAAAUGUGUUUUACCAGCCAUUCUACUGGGGUGAGA